AUGCUCUCGCGCGCAGCUGUCCGUCUUGCUGCGGCUCGUCCGCUGCUAGCGCCGCUUCCUAGAGCGCCCGCCGCCGCCUACGUGCGCACCUACGCGAAAGACGUCAAGCAUCGCGCCACCAAGAAGUCGAACCCUUACGAAUCCAGUCCCAACGUGGUCCGCCCGAAACCGCGCCCCGUACCUGAAUCCUCGCAGGAAACGGCCGAGUUCAACCCUGCCGCCUCGCCAGACAAGAAUACCGCCCCGCAAUCACCGCCGGCACCGGGCAAGCCCAAGUCCGCCGCAGAGCAGCCCUCCGAAUCUGCCGACUUCUCCAGAUCCCAGCCUGAAUUCGAAAGCCCUCAAUCAACCGAGGCCAACACCGCUCCCGGCGAUGCCCCUCAGGCGCAAAAGCCUCUGCCCGACUUGAGGCACGGCAUUCCUUCCACAUUUGCCGAGGAGUUCCUCAAGUCCACCCCGUCGUCCAAGGAGGACGCUCCCGAGCCAAAGCCCAAUGUCACUGAAGACCCUCAAUAUGAGAAAACCCAGGAUGAAGCAUCCGGCGGCGGCUAUGGUGAUCGUGAGGGCGGUGAGCUUCCGAAAUCCGCGUACGAGACAUCUACGGACAGAAAGAGAAACUUGUACGCGAACAUAACAAUGGUUAUGGGUGGCGUUAUGCUGGUGACUAGCGGCUUAUACCUUGGCCGUGAAUGGGACUCCGAGCAGGAGGCAAAACAGCACCCCGAUAUUCCUUCCGGCUGGUCCCCAUCAGCGGUCUACGCACGUGCGAGGGCCAGGCUUUCUGGAGCCCUGGGCUACUACACCGAACCUGUCUUCCCCAAGCUGCUCCCGGAUGUCGAUCCCGCGCCGCCGUACACUCUGGUAUUGAGCUUGGAGGAUCUGCUUGUACACAGCGAGUGGACGCGCGAACACGGUUGGCGGUUUGCGAAGAGGCCUGGCGUCGAUUUCUUCCUGCGCUAUCUGUGUCAAUACUACGAGCUUGUCAUUUUCACCAGCUUACCCCUAAAUUCGGCCGACCCCAUCAUCAGGAAAUUGGACCCUUUCCGUAUCGUCAUGUGGCCUUUGUUCAGAGAAGCCACGCGGUAUGAGAAGGGUCAGUACGACCUGUCCUACCUCAACCGUGACUUGAGUAAAACUAUCAUUAUCGAUACCAAGGCAGAGCACGUCAAAAAUCAGCCUGAGAACGCGAUCGUCCUUCCUCCAUGGAAGGGUGAGAAGACCGAUAGGGGUCUUGUCUCCCUCGUCCCCUUCCUCGAGUACGUUGCGACGAUGGGCAUCACUGAUGUACGGACGGCCCUCAAGUCCUUUGAGGGCAAGGAUAUUGCCGCCGAAUUUGCGAUUCGUGAGCAGAAGGCUCGUGAGAAUUUCCACAAGCAGCUGGAGGAGGAGCAGUCGCGUAAGCCCAGGCGCAGCGGCAUGGGCGCAUUGGCGGGUGCGCUGGGCAUGAAGCCAACAGCUCCUCAGGGUGGCCUUGUAAUUGGCAGGGAGAGCGCAGCCGAAGGGUUCGCCAAGGGCAAGAUGCUUUCGGACCAGAUUCGCGAGCAAGGCCUCAAGCAAUACGAGAUCAUGGAGAAGGAAAUCCGCGAGAACGGUGAGAAGUGGCUUAAGGAGAUGGCGGAGGAAGAGAAGAAGGCGCAAGAAGAAACAAUGAAGAGCAUGAAGAGCGGCCUUUUCGGCUUCUUCAACGCCAAGUCGGAAUGA